AUGAAGGUCUUAGCUCAAUCAGCGGCAAUCAUUGCCAUGGCGAUGGCCACUGCCGCGCAAACCACCUGCGACCUUCCAUCGACCUAUCGCUGGACGGAUUCUGGGAAGCUCGCGGAGCCACAGGCGCCUUGGGUAUCUCUCAAGGAUUUCACCACCGCCAUGUACGAGGGCCAAUACCUCGUGUACGCGACGAACCACGACAACGGCUCGUCCUGGGGCUCCAUGAACUUUGGGCUCUUUGGGAACUGGACAGAGAUGGCCACCUCCAGCCAGAACAAGAUGAACUUUAGCGCCGUUGCCCCUACCUUGUUCUACUUUGAACCCAAGGAUAUCUGGGUCCUCGCCUACCAGUGGGGGCCGACCUCCUUCUCCUACCGGACAUCUUCCGACCCGACCGAUCCGAAUGCUUGGUCGGCCGUGCAGCCCCUCUUCUCGGGAAAGAUUACGGACUCCAGUACCGGAUGUAUUGACCAGACUCUCAUCGGCGACGAUACAACCAUGUAUCUUUUCUUUGCCGGCGAUAACGGCAAGAUCUACCGUUCCACCAUGCCCAUCGACAAAUUCCCCUCAGACUUUGGCCUCGAGUCCACCAUCAUCAUGAGCGACACCACGAAUAACCUCUUCGAAGCCGUCCAAGUCUACAAGCUUGAGGGACAGCAAAAGUACCUCAUGAUCGUGGAGUCCAUCGGCUCUCGAGGCCGCUACUUCCGUUCCUACACUGCCGAUCGGCUCGACGGGGACUGGACGGCGCAAGCCACCAGCGAAAAUGCCCCCUUCGCAGGCAAGGCCAAUUCCGACGCAACCUGGACUGACGACAUUAGCCAUGGCGAUCUUAUCAGGAGCAAUCCCGACCAAACCAUGACGAUUGACCCCUGCAACCUUGAGCUCCUGUAUCAGGGCCGCACGCCGGGGUCGAGCAGUGAUUAUGGGAAGCUACCGUAUAGGCCCGGCGUCCUGACGCUACAAAAGUGA